AUGACCAGAGCUCCCGCGACGCGUAUCCAACGAGUACAGCCCCCGGCCACCCUGGCCGCCGGCGAAAAAGCCCGACAACUGGCCCGGCAGGGUCACGACGUAAUUGACCUGGGUCAGUCAAGUCCGCACCACGUAACCCCGCAGCAUAUUAUUGAUGCUGGGAUUCAGGCCCUGAACGCAGGACAUACUAACAUCAGUUCGUCCCGUGGGCUGCCCGAGCUGCGCCAGGCCAUGUCCGCAAAGCUGGCAGCCAACAAUGGCCGCACCGUUGAUCCCGACGGCGAUAUCCUGGUUACUCCUGGCAGCAAGAUGGGGCUGUAUGAGGCCAUAAACGCCUACAUCGAGGCGGGAGAUGAAGUGCUGGUGCUUGAGCCCACGUGGGUCAGCUUCAGCCAGCAGGUGGAGAUGGCUGAAGGUGUGCCCAUAGCCGUGCCACUCAGCGAAGAGGAGGAGUACCACAUCAGCUACGAGCAGUUGAAGGAGUACGUCACCUCGCGUACCAAGAUGAUUGUCAUUAACAACCCCAACAAUCCCACGGGCCGGGUUUACACUGAGGAAGAAUUGGCAGCUGUAGCGCGUUUGGCCCUGGAGCAGGACCUGCUGGUCAUUUGUGAUGAAACCUACGAGUAUUUCCUCUACGAUUCCAACCGACACGUUACCAUCGCGACUUUGGAGGGCAUGGCGGAACGAACCCUGACCAGUUACACCUUCACCAAGGCCUAUUCGAUGUCCGGCUGGCGGUUGGGCUGCAUCGUGGCUCAGUCAAACCUGCUCGGGCCACUGCUGAAGAUACAGGAACAAACGGCCAGUUUUGUUUCUCCCUUUGUGCAGAUGGCCGGGGUGGCCGCCCUCCAAGGCGCCCAGGAUCACCUGCCCAGAUGGCGGGAGGAGUGCGAUGAACUGCGCGUGCGCUGCGCUGACCGGUUGUCCCAGGUUCCCGGCGUACACUGUCCGCUGCCCGAAGGGGCCACUUUCCUGUUCCCUCGCUACUCGGCAGAUGUGUCAUCCACGGAGUUGGCCGAGCUGUUGGUAGAGCGGGAAGGAGUGGUGGUAACCCCUGGCAUCGGCUUUGGCGAAAACGGGGAAGGCCACUUCCGUAUUGCCCUGAUGCGGUCUCCCGCUGACCGAGUUGUGGAAGGGGUGGAACGGAUAGCGCGAGUUCUGGAAGUUCUCUAG